CGAUUAUUUGAUGCGACUUAAAGAUAUUUUCCAACUGGUAACACUGUAAAACAAGAACAUCCGAAAAUGAGCGCACGGAAGAAAACCUGGGUGAGAUGCGCCUUCAGCGAGAUGAACCUGACCGCCAGUCCGGUGCUUUCAGAAGCCACGCCAGCGAAGCGCACACGGAGUGCUAGCAAUGUGACCACCAGAGUCUCGAGGUCUCAAAGCGGGAAUACUCCUAAAUCGACGCCCACUAAGAUUCCUGCCGUGGAGUCCGUGGAUCUCACUGCCAUUGAUGAUGACCAGGAUGCGGACAUCACUGGACCGCCGCCAGAAAUCAGGGAAAACUGGAUGGACAGCUUUGCGCCAGCCACCAGCGAAGAUUUGGCCGUGCAUCCCAAGAAGGUCGGAGAACUUCGCGAUUGGUUGCGUCACUGUGAAGCGGUGCGAAAGAAGUUCCCGGCCCAAAUGUGCCUACUCACGGGACCCACUGGUGCCGGCAAAACCGCCACGUUGCGUUGCCUGGCCAAGGAGUUCGGCUUCCAGGUGCAGGAAUGGAUCAAUCCCGUCGACUGUGAGGUGGUCAACGCUCUGGGCGAUCAGCCGAGUGGUGCCUCCUAUGUGGGCUCCCACCUGGAGGCCUUCAAGAGCUUCCUGCUGCGCGCCUCGCGUUACAAAUCCCUGCUGGACUCGCAGAACAAGAGACUGCUGCUGGUCGAGGACUUUCCCAAUGUCCUGCUGAGCGAUAAGGAGGCCAACUUUGAGGAGUUACUGGAUGAGUACUCCACCUAUGGCAAAUCCCCGCUGGUAUUCAUUGUGGCCGAUUCCAAAUCCCGGGGCUUGAACAUCAGCUACCGCCUGUUUCCUGAUCAACUGAAGGCCAAACAUCGCAUUGAGCAUAUCAGCUUCAAUGCUAUUGCAUCCACAAUUAUGCAAAAGUCCAUGAAAAGCUUCUGCUCUAUAAUGCAACAGCCGCAAAAUAGAGCAACUUACAAGAUGCCCUCGACCGCUGUUGUUGAUUCAAUAGUUGUGGGAGCCCAGGGCGACAUAAGAAAUGCCUUGAUCAAUCUGCAUCUCAGUUCCCUAAAAGGAGUGGCCAGCAUGCCAACCAAACAGUUAAAUGUCAGUGUGGCCACUAAAGGUCGUAAAAAGAAGAUGCAAAGCACUCUGAAGUCCAUUGGAAGAGAUGAAUCCAUUACUUUAAUGCACGCCUUGGGAAGGGUGUUGAAUCCUAAGUUCAAUGAGGACAAAACCAUGCUGCACAGCCCCGAAGAACUAACCGAAGCCUUCAACACAGAGCCGAGGAAUUUUGUGAACUUUAUACAUGCCAAUUAUCUGCCACAUUUCAAGGAUAUCGAGGAAGUUGUGACCGCCAUAAAUGACUUGGGUCUGUCGGAUGCCAUGCUCAAUGAGUAUCGCGAUGAUGCCCUGUCCGUAAUGGGUCUUAACAUAGCCAUAAGGGGAGUUAUGCUGGCCAAUAGUUCCCCUGUCAGCGGUUGGAUGCCAGUUCGGGGACCCAAACGAAUCAAUAUCCAAGCGCAGGCUUCUUUGGCGGAACAGAGACUGGUUGGAGUGGGUUACGCGGGCAUUUCCAGGACGCUUUAUGCCACCGAAUACAGCUCCUUGGUCAAGUGUAUAGCUAGCAAGCUUUCGGAGGAUAAAUCAAGCCAAAGCAAGGACUAUAUUUAAAACUAAGAAAAGUCUUUUAGCUUAAUUUAUGAAUAGUUUUAAAAAAGACAAUUUAUCUGUUGGAACUCAAAUAUGAAUAUGGAAAAGUAAAUGUCCUCAGGACACUUUUAGAAACCAAGUUCAUUAAAAAAGCA